AACACAAGACUAUAAUGUGCGAGAGCCUCAAACAAAACUACCAACUCUGCGAAGAGGUCGGCCGCGGCCGAUUCGGCGUCGUCUAUCGCUGCUUCUCCACAGCCUCCCACGCUUCUUUCGCCUGCAAAUCCAUCUACAAGCACUCUCUCUCCGACGCCACCGACCGCCGCUGCCUCGACGCCGAGCCUAAGAUCCUCCGCCUCCUCUCCGCCUGCCCCAACAUCCUCCGCCUCCACGACGUCUACGAGGACGACGACCACAUCCACCUCGUCACCGAUCUCUGCGACGGCGGCGACCUAUUCGACCGCCUCUCCUCCGGCAAUCGCUUCUCCGAGCCCGACGCCGCCGCGAUUCUGAAGCAAUUGGCGGCGGCAAUCGCCUUCUGCCACCGGAUCGGGGUCGCGCAUCGCGACAUCAAGCCGGACAACAUCUUGUUCGACUCCAGGGGGCGCCUCAAGCUCGCCGACUUCGGAUCGGCGGAGCUUUUCGGCGUCGAAUCGGAGAUGAGCGGCGUGGUUGGAACGCCUUACUACGUCGCGCCGGAGGUGCUGAUGGGGAGGGAUUACGGUGAGAAGGUCGACGUUUGGAGCGCCGGCGUGAUUUUGUACAUAAUGCUGGCCGGCGUGCCGCCGUUCUACGGCGACGGAGCGGCGGAGACUUUUGAGGCGGUGGUGAGGGGGAAUUUGAGGUUUCCGUCGAAGAUUUUCCGUUCUGUGUCGCCGGAGGCUAAGGAUCUGUUGAGGAAGAUGAUCUGUAGAGAUGCUUCUAGAAGGCUCUCCACCGAGCAAGUGCUAAUGCAUCCGUGGAUCGUAAACGGAGGAGAGAUGUGAGAUUUGAGGUAAUUCAACCUGAGCUGUAUAUAGAGACGGUGGUCGGAGGCGUAGUAGAUGAAUCCCUCACCCUUUUUCUUUAGAUGAAAAUGACAGAGCACCUCUUUGUUUUGGAGGAGUUGUAGCUUUCGAUCAUCUUUCUCUUGUGGUGAGAGAUUUGUGGCAAAUUAUGAAUAAAGUUUGCAUCUUAAUCUGAUUUAGGUGUUGAGUGUAUUGUUUUUGUAAUAUGAAAGAGGAACUUUGUUCGAUACUCAUGUUUUCUUCUUUCUAAUUCAAAUUGAUCUUUGUUCAUUGUUCA